GACGUGGCCUGCAAGGACCCUGUGUCUUUGGCAUUGCUAACAAUAGUAAUAGCCAUCAUAAUUGUUUCCUUACCUUGACCUACAGGGCCCUGGUUUACCCAAAGCAGCCAACUUGCCAUUGACCUACCUCUGGGCCAUUGCACUUGCUGUUUCCAGUGCCAACAACAUCUAACCACCACCAUUUCCCACAUAGUCAUUCUUCAGAUCCCCACUGAAACUUGACUUACUUAGGAAGUUCAGCACAAAUUAGAUGGGAUUCCUGGGUUUAUAUCCUUAUGGAUCUUCUGCUGUGACCCACGAGGCCUGGAAAGAGAAGACCUUCAGGUUGUGGAGGGGGUCUUGUCCAGCUCAGUUUCUCUUUAACCUCCGGCAGACUUGGGGUGGACUUGCCUCCAUCCUAUAGGCCUAUGGGGCGUUGGCUACCAAUACGACUGCUGACGUGGGACGUGAAAGACACACUGCUCAGGCUCCGCCACCCCGUGGGAGAGGAAUAUGCCGCCAAGGCUCGGGCCCACGGGCUGGAGGUGGAGGCCGCCACUCUGGGACAAGCCUUCAGGCAGGCAUACAGGACUCAGAGCCACAGCUUCCCGAACUACGGCCUGAGCCAAGGCCUCACCUCCCGCCGGUGGUGGCUGGAUGUGGUCUUACAGACCUUCUACCUAGCGGGUGUUCGAGAUGCCCAGGCUGUGGCCCCCAUCGCUGACCAGCUGUAUGAAGACUUCAGUAAGCCCUGCACAUGGCAGGUGUUGGAGGGGGCCGCGGCCACCCUGAGAGGGUGCCGGAAGCGAGGUCUGAGGCUGGCAGUGGUCUCUAAUUUCGACCGGCGACUAGAGGACAUCCUGACGGGUCUUGGUCUGCGGGAACACUUUGACUUUGUUCUGACCUCUGAGGCUGCUGGCUGGCCCAAGCCUGACCCCCGUAUUUUCCAUGAGGCCUUGCGGCUUGCUCAAGUGGAACCGGCAGGAGCAGCCCAUAUUGGGGACAGUUAUCUCUGUGAUUAUAAGGGGGCACAGGGUGUAGGUAUGCACAGCUUCCUGGUGUUUGGCCCAGAGCCUUUGGACUCUGCAGUCAAGUGUUCUGUACCCCAAGAACACCUCCUCCCCUCACUGUCCCAUCUCCUGCCUGCCCUUGACCGCCUAGAGGGCUCAGCUCUGGAACUUUGAGUCUGAUGAGGGAAGGGCCCCAGCAAAUGCUGGAGAUAAGAGAGCCCCUUCCUUCCUGAGAUCUGGCCUUUGCCCCCUCUCUCUGCAGCGUCCAAAUGCAUUGUGACUAUAAAACAGUAAAAAGCAGGGCUUUGAGACUUGU